AUGAAUCGAUUCCGGAAGACGAAGAAGGAGAAGGUCAAGGAGGAUGUGGAAGUCCCCGAGAGUACGCCGACUUCGUUUGCGUCCAUAUUGUCCAAGAAGGGCAGGAAGGAGGAGCCCGAAGUGAAGCCGCAGCUGGAUCUGUCCGCCGCGCUGCCCUCAAAUGAUGACUUCCGCACGAGUCUUAUAAUGCCCAAAUUAUCGGCGCGUUUCAGUAUGCUGAGAGAGCAGGAUGACCCUGCGUCGCUCAUCGGUAAAGCAAGUGACGAUAGCGUCCUAUUUCCCAGGCGUGCCUCCCGGUUGAAUAUCUUUGGACACAACCCGAAUCUGCUGUCCGAUAUCGACGAAGUCUCCAUUGACGGGAGCCGGCCCUCUAUGGCUCUCGGACGCGCAGACUCCCUCGCUUCUGGUGGGGACGGCUACGGCACAGACGACGAUCGAUCGCAACAUGGCAGUAUCAUGAGUAGAGCCCGUCGUGCUGAAGGCAAUAGUCUGUUUGGUGGACGGCAGAAGAUUUACAAGAUCCCUAUAAAGGCAGCGUCUUCAGAACCUAGCCCAGAACCAGGACGCACCCCCAUGGGGGGCCGCACGUUCUAUGAACAUGACCUGAGUAUGCCUGCCUUCCAACGGCAGAGAUCCAGGGAGAAAGAGGAGCAAGUGUCCGACGAAGCUGCGCAGGAUGCUUUAGCUCAGGAAUCCGAGGAUGGCUUGUCUAGUAUUUCCACCAAACGUACUACCUAUUCCUCGACAACGUCGGGUCCCACUUCCAAUGGCCGCACGUCAACAGCGGCUACUUCAUUCGAUGAGCCCUCGUUUGCUGGCGCAUGGCCCCAGAUGUCCUCAGGCUGUGGUGGCGAAGAGAGGGCUCCUUUUUCCAAGCCCCCGUACUCGGGCAUGGCUUCUGAGCGGAACUCAGUGAAGUCGCGUCGUCUUUACGGUCAAGGGCUAGCGCAAUCAGUCCAGAAUCAGCAGAAUUCCACCAUGCACCGACUGGAAAGCUUGACUCGUCAGCGAGCUGUCACUCCAGAGUUACCCCCUCUAAGUAGGUCUUACUCUAGAAGUGCGACCAACCUGCGCGAUAGACUACAGAAGCUCGCCAUUGCGGAACCGAUAGGUGCAGGUGCCCCCUCCCAGCCUACCAGUCCGCUCUCUUUGAGCGCAUCGCCCACGCGUCAAAUGCCGGAAGUCGAUAUCAGAGAAGUGAGACCUCCAGCGGCAUCCGGCUACGGGUCUCCUCCACUGAGCCCCCCUGCUAGUGACAAAGAGGGGGCAGUCACUUUGACGGCCGCAUUGCAGCCGGAAGAUCAUGGGAAAGCUACAGCUCUGGGCAUCUUCAGUAAACCUAAGACUCCAUUUGACGAAAACCAAUUCACUCGACGUCAGCUCCAGAUGCAUCAGGGGAGAAACACGCCACCUUUGAGACGACCUUCGCCACCUCCGGGACGGGGCACUCAACAGGAAUUGUCCGGGCGAUCAAGAGUCCCUUCGAUGGCGAGCCAUCGGUCGAGGGCUGGCUCUCUUUCCUCACAUUACAGCGAAGCUCAGCGUUCAGCAAAUCGUCGAUCGGCAGCAAGUGCCAAUGCUUCACCACAUCAGCUGGAAAACGGAACCUUUUUGGCCAACUCUAGCCCUAGCGAUUCCGAUAAUGAGGGUGACCCUGGUGUGCACGAUGCGACAGAUUAUAGUGGUUUGGUGCACCCUGCGCUGCGAUCCGACCCGCCAACAAUGCCCUCUACUCCGACAGGAGAGAAACCGAGCCCGCUUCCGGAAGUAAGAUACACGGAUCUGGGCGACUUGAAGCCUAUAGCCGAGAACGACAGUGUAGAGGGGCCGUCUGAUAGAGGAAAUGGGGCUCCUGAGAAUCCAGACUCUCCAACUUUGGGCCCGUCAGGGCUAGGCCUAAGUGGUCUUAUCCGUACGCAUCUACGACGCGACAGUGACAAGUCCUCUAUCUUUCGUCCACCUUCUCUUGCACCUCCAAGGGCCCCAGAUGGCGAAAAUUCCCAGGAGGCUCCCAUCAAAGAUUUUGACCUGGUAGCUCCGGCGCAGAAUUCCCGCCCUCCGAGGUUUCCCCUCGAACCCAGAAGUAGUCUAAAUGGCUCGUGGGAGAACGAGGUGAUGCACGGACAUCGACGUGGAGCAAGUACCGAGACACAGAGGGAACGUGAAGAGUUUGCCAACGAGCUGGCAGAGCGACGAAGGAAAGUACAGGAGAAACUGAAGGGUUUUGCGGAGAGUGAAAGCAGAUCUGCCAGUCCGGUCUCUGGUCGCCAAACUCCAGAUUAUUCUCAAGGACGAUCUGGCAAUGCGUUUGCUCUCUUGAAAAAUAAGACCGGCAAGCACAACUUGUUCUCCAGGCAGGACGCACGAACCCCCAAGGGGUUCGGUCCUGGAAAUGCUUCCACGCCGGCGUUAGUCUCUGACGAACCGUGGCGCGAGGAGGAAAGGCCGACGUUUAACUUCGGGCAACAUUCCAAUUCGAGCUCUCCACACAUCGCCCCAGAAAAGUCCAUGCGAUCUCGCAGGAUCGCCUUGGAACGCAGCAACCAAGAAGAUGCUCGUGAAUCAAGCCGUAGCCGUGCGGCAUCUCCCCAUUCAAGCUUCCAAUCCCAACGGGACCGUUCGAGUUCAGACGCCUCUGUCCGCUCCAAGAGUCGUACCCGGCGAGAACGGGAUGACUUGGGAACCGUGGAAGAGGUUGCUCCCGGUCCUCGUGAACGAUCUGUGUGCAGUGAUUAUGAACAGCGUGGCAUGGCUUCAAUUCCGACUUCCGUUCUAUCGUCAGCCCGUCCGUCCGUGGAGAUAAAUGAUCCUUCCAUAUACGAUCGUUCCUCGUCAGCAAUGUCUGGAAGAUAUCGCAGUGGAAGUCGGUCUGGAACUCCAAGCUUUCACGACAGACCUCUGCUCCCUACAGCUUCUAUGCCUCCGCCACUGAUCGGGGCCUCUCCACGUCCUUCGCCCAUUGCGCCUUAUUCUGCUAAUGCCACCCCACCUCUCUACGAUAUUUCUCCCGAUCCGUCUAUCACACCAGCGUCCACGUUCCCUGCCACCAUCCCUCAGCGGGCCCCUGGUCAUAGUCACUUAACCAAACGGGUGGUCAACAAAACCCAAAUCUCAGAGCCCACCUUAGUCUCCUGCACGUCCAACGUUCCAACUGUCGGGUUACCUGCCGGAGCAAGUCUGAGCAACGGCAUGGAGACACCGCCAAUUCCGCCCAUGAACCCGCGGCGGCGCCGUCAGACCACCACCCAAACCAUCCUGGGUGCAUUCAAGGUAGAUAAACAUGAAUCGCAUUACCCACCACCGACACCAGGUAUCCCGUCAGAAGAAUAUAGCACAUUUUCCGACGAAGGCGAGAGACGUCCCAAAUCCCGACACAGGCUGCGCAAAAUCUCCAGCGAGGGAGGGGGUCUGAACGCAAGAACGCGACAACAGCAGGCUUUGAACGAGACACCUCCAGCUGUCCCGGUUUAUCCACCAACUCCAGUCCCCAUGGAAGGUGGCAUGUUUUAA